GCUUAUUUACGGUCAGACUGACGGCUGUGCUGUGAAAUAACGUGAUAGGAGAGCAGAGAAGGAGGAUAUUUCUGACCACAUAAUAACAACGUUCAGGCCGGGAGGAAACAAGCGUCUCACCUGAUAUGGAAUACGAGAUUGUGCAGAAGGAAACAGCUUCUUCUCUUCUGCCUUCUUGUCAGUUUUUUCGCUGAAGAAAUCAACUUGAAAAUACCAAGAGAUUUUUCGGGUGAUUGUCAUUCUGGCCCCCUGCUGACUCAGCACGUAGAACACUGAGGAGAUUUGGGAUUUGUGGGGGCAAACAAGGAAACUAGAAAGACAGACUGAGAGGAAAAUGAUUGGCAGCUAUGGCCAGUGAGGAAUUCUAAGUGUUUUUCUGGCCAUUAUUUUGGUUCUGAGACACAUCUGCUGGUUCUGUUGCUGUCUGGGUGCAAAUUAAUCCACUUCAGCUGAAGUAUAAUACUCAGAGGUUAAACUUUGGGACAAUUUCAUAGCAUGUUUGUUUCCAUUUCGAGCUGUCCUGUACUGUAGAAUCAAUCAGACAUACUCGACUAAACGUCAGCACCAGGUUCAGUCAUGCAGCCCCGGUCGGUGACCUUUGACCUCCCCAUACUGCUGGCUGUGCUCCUGUUGUUGUGGGGGCCCCUGGAGUCCAGGGGCCAGAAUGACACGGAGCCCAUCAUCCUGGAGGGGAAGUGUUUGGUGGUGUGUGACUCCACUCCGUCGUCGGAGCCGGCGGGGAACGCUCUGGGCAUGUCGGUGCGCUCCGGCUCCGGCCGGGUGGCGUUCUCCGCCAGCCGCCAGACCAACCACGAGCCCACCGACAUGAGCAACCGCACCAUGAUCAUCUACUUUGAUAAUAUUUUGGUGAACGUUGGAACUCAUUUUGACCAAGAGAGCAGCGUCUUCCUGGCUCCGAGGAGAGGCGUGUACAGCUUCAACUUCCACGUUGUAAAGGCCUACAACAGACAAACUAUCCAGGUCAGCUUGAUGCUGAACGGCUGGCCGAUGAUCUCAGCCUUCGCCGGCGACCAGGACGUGACCAGGGAAGCCGCCACCAACGCCGGCCUGGUGAUCAUGGAGAAGGGGGACAAGGCCUACCUCAGACUGGAGAGAGGCAACCUGAUGGGGGGCUGGAAGUACUCCACCUUCUCCGGCUUCCUGGUCUUCCCCCUGUGAGGGAGGAAGGAGGUGCUGGAGGUGUUGGAGGAGAAUUGGAUAGGGCAGAAGUGAUAAUGAGGUGGAGAAGGGGAAUGAAAGGUGGUUCAAGGCUUCAAUCUGUAACUCUUCACACAGCGCAUGAAAGGGUGUGUUUUAUGCAAAAAAUGAGAUGAAGAUUGUGCAAAUUAGGUAAUAAUUCUCACUUGAGACCAAAAGAAAGAGGAGAGAAAAAAGGGGCAUAAAUAGGGAUUUAUAUAUGUGGAUUUAAUUUGCUCUGUUUCCGUGAAUAAAUAUGUUUGUAUACUUUAAUCGUGACGAAAUUAUGAAGUAGCCAUGUGCAAUGUGGGCUUCUGUGCUAACAUGAUUUAUUCAUUAUUCAUUCAACGUGUUAAAAAAACCCCAUUGCUGUGCUCCGCAUGGCAUCCUGUCUAACAAACUUGACAAACUUUGCCCUUUACUCUGCUCCGUCAUACGACUGAUGCUCCUCUACAAGCCUGCAACAAAUGUUUAUUUACACAGAAAUUUCUAUCGAGGAGAUAUAUUAAAAAUAAAGUCAUAUAAAGUUG